UACAUCUGUGAAACUCAGCAGUCCUUUAAUACAAAGUACCCAGGCACUCAAUUUUACUUUUGCAUGCAGUCACUCCCUAUAAAUAGCAACCGAAUGUUCCUCUUCCUUGUUGCUUUUGUUGUCUCCAGUUGAGCUGCUGUUUUACGCGUUCUCUCAAGUUUGAAAGGACAUGAGAAGUGGAAUGUUUAUUGUUAAGUGAACUUCUCCUUUGUCUGAAUUGAUGACAAAAGAUGUAUUAAUGAUAACAGAUGAGCAGUUCCUACCAGAACUACAAUAAAUCAUCCCUCUGAUUCUGGUGUUGAGCAGGUGCUUGGCUGUAACUGGGAACCUGAGAAGGAGAAGAGUGUUGCUGUUACCUUAUAGAGAUCAAAUAUCAAGAUGCUGCCAGAUCUGCUGAGUUUCCCUAGCAACUUCUGUUUUUGUUAAAGGGGUCUCGCAUGAUUGGAUGACACUGCAUCUGGGGUUCCUCAUGGCUUCAAGCCCUCAAAAUAUGCAAGGUGGCUCUGGGACGUUACACUUUCCACAGUUGCUUUUUGUCACAUCCAUCGCUGUUCUCCUGUUACUCAUGCUGCUCACAAUUCCCUGUGCUUACUGUAGGAGAGUUUAUGAAAGAAUAAGAACAGGAGCUAAUAGUCAUGCAAGACAACUAAAGAUAAAGUCUGUGAAGAAACAUAAUGUUGCUGUUCAAGCCAAAGAUGAUCCAAAAAUUACAAAAGCAAAUGGAGUGACACCAACAACUGACCAGCAGACAGAAAAGGUGGACAGCGUGUCUCUCCGACGUAUUCCAAGUAUUCCUUUGACUAGUAUCAUACAGAUUGAGGAGACUGCUGAUGAUAGUCUGUACGAAGUUGUGAGAGACACCCAAGCGAACACAUGGGCAUCGAAACAGGAGAAUCCUGAGUCACAGAACCUGGAGUACAUGACACCAUGUAAGACAGUGCCUUCAGCAGAUCCAAAACAGAUGGAGGAGUGCAGCAGUGAGAACAAGAAGUCAGUAGAAGGGCUGACACAAGCACCAAUUUAUGCAAAGAUAAUUAAACAGCGGAACAAAGAGAACCAAUCACAGGUUCAAGAGAAAAUUGAAGUUAAAGAUGAAGUGGAGGUUGAAGAGCCCCCGCCAAUCCCAGACAAACACUUUGAAGAUUCAGCUCAGUGUUGAAGAUAUCAGAUAACAAACAGCACAGAGUCAUGGUCCCAAGUGAAAAAUUGAAGCUGCUGGAGAGUGACUCCUAAUCGUAAAUACUGCACCUUCAAUAUAAAAGUACUGUGACACUGAACAACUUACUUCAUUUUGAAUUAAAUUACAAUUAUCCUGAUGUUUCAAUGUGAAUAAUAUUUUGUACUAUGGUGAGUCCCUGCAGUCUUGUUCCGUAUACCUCCUAUUGCAGCAUGGCUCAUGGUAAGUUGUGGAACACUAAUUCUUAAAACAGAUAACUCACUCAAGAACUUGACGAUGAUAUAAUCCAGUCUGACUUCUCAAGGAGCACUUCAUUGUUGGAGGUGCCUUGCUUUAGAUUUUGAUGCAGAAUCCCUGGUCACAUCAAUUGGGAUGUGAGAGGCCAGAUAUGUGAUUCAAAGAGGACGUGGUAAUUCUACUGAUUUUAAUGUUGCUUUUUGUCAACCAGCUCAAGCUAGAACAAUGACUUGUUCUUCUCACUUGUGGUAUUUGAGAUCUAGCUGCGUGGAAAAUGCUUAAUGUAUUUGCGUAUGUACUAAAGUUAGUACAUUUGAUGUAAUUCAUUGUAUGUUGAAAAUGUUUGUUUAUACAGAUGAAAGUAUUUUAUAUACUUGUUUCCACAGUGUAUGUAUAUAUGAAUGAAUAUAUAUGUAUGUGUGACUGUGGAAUAUAAUUUUAGGUGAGUGUGUGCGUUUUGUGGAGUGAAGAUUGUAAUGAUACUCGAUUUGCUUUCUAACCUGUUUGAUUGCUCUAAAAGAAAUAGGGUGCGGCCCUUGGCCUCUGAAGCUCUUGUUUAAGCAGAAUAGAAAUCUUAUCCCUGAUAAUCAGUGUAUAGAUAAUGUAAAGGCCUUCAUGGUUGAGGCUUUAUGAUCUCUGAAGCAUUGUAUAUGGAACUGUACCCGGGAGGAAAUUGAACAUUAGAAGAGAGGAGGAGGCAACAGUGAAUAUUUUACAGUAUGGUGUAGAUGAAUUCAUGUUCAUGUUGUCCUGUAUAUAAAUUUAUUCACUUCCUGGUGCAGUUAAUAUAGUUAUACAGUUUG